GGGGUCAGCGCACAAGCAGCGGGUGUGUUGGUCCGGGCGCCCGGGGAGAAGAUGCUCCGCGUCUGAAUCGCAGUGAGAGGGAAAGGGGGGGCCCCUGGAUUCAGUUCAGCUCCUCCCCAUGUGGGGGCUCCCUUGAUCACAUCUCGGAACCUGAGCGCUUUCACUGAAAUCCGCGUUUUUCCGCUGCUAAAGGGGAGCAGCAGCCGGGGAGACAAGUCGGGCGUUUAUGGGCAGCAGGGGCGCCCCCAGGAUGUUGGGGUUCCUGUGGCUCUGCCUCCUUCUGGGCACCCCCAGCCGCGGAGAGAUCACUUGCCGGCACUGUCACCCCCACAUCCAGCCGGGGAGAGAAGUUGUGCGGGACCCCAUGGGGGGCAAGGCUGGGAAUGUGCGGGGGGCGCUCGGAUCGCUGGAGCCGCAGCUUCUUGGGGGGCAGCAGCCGACUUCUACGGUCAGUGGGUCCCACAGCUGGAGAUCUGCCCCUCUCCCCCCGGGGGGGGACCCCCAAGCCCCUUACACAGGGCAGGGAGGGGGCAGGAUGAAGAGACACAGCCAGUCGGGGGCCGGGGGGCCCCACAAGGAGAUUUUGCUGCCCUCCGGUCCCACCGAUGAGGAUCUUGUAUCCAGGAUGGUGAAAAGGUCGGAAUCCAAGGGAUCCAGAGAGGAAGGGAGGUUGCCCCGGGCCAGGGGGCAGGAACUGACCCUCAGCAGCACCAGUUUCCCCCUGACUGGAGAUUCUGCCCACAACCAGGCAAUGGUCCAUUGGACAGGGGGAGGCAACAGCAGUGUGAUUUUGAUUCUGACAAAACUCUACGACUUCAACUUGGGGAGUGUGACGGAGAGCUCUCUCUGGAGAUCCACAGACUAUGGGACGACCUAUGAGAAGUUCAAUGAGAAGGUCGGGCUGAAGACUGUGCUGAGUUAUUUGUAUGUGAGUCCCACUAACAAGAGAAAGAUCAUGUUGCUAAGCGACCCCGACAUGGAGAGCAGCAUCUUAAUCAGCUCCGACGCCGGCGCCACCUACCAGAAAUACCGACUGAACUUCUACAUCCAGAGUCUCCUCUUCCACCCAAAGCAGGAGGACUGGGUGUUGGCCUACAGCCUGGACCAGAAGCUUUACAGCUCAAUGGAUUUUGGGAGGAGAUGGAACCUGAUGCACGAGAGGAUCACACCAAACAGAUUUUACUGGUCCGUAACGGGUUUAGAUAAGGAGCCGGACCUGGUACACAUGGAGGCCCGAUCAGCCGACGGACAGGCCCACUAUAUAACCUGCAGGAUCCAGGAGUGCUCUGAGACCACCAGGGGGGGCCCUUUCCCACGAUCCAUUGACACCAACUCACUGGUAGUACAGGAUGAGUAUGUCUUUAUCCAGGUGACCUCUGGUGGAAGAGCAAAUUACUACGUGUCGUACAAACGCGAAGCCUUCGCUCAGAUCAAAUUGCCCAAAUACUCGCUGCCCAAGGAUAUGCACAUAAUCAGCACCGAUCAGAAGCAGGUAUUCGCUGCCGUGCAGGAGUGGAACCAGAACGAAACCUACAAUUUGUAUAUUUCCGACACUCGCGGCGUCUUCUUCACUCUGGCGCUCGAGAACGUCAAGAGCAGCCGCGGGGUCGAGGGGAACAUCGUCAUCGACCUUUAUGAGGUAGCCGGGGUAAAGGGGUUAUUUCUGGCCAACAAGAAGGUGGACGAACAGAUAAAGACGUUUAUUACUUAUAACAAAGGUCGGGACUGGCGCCUGCUACAAGCCCCGGACACGGACCUGAGGGGGAACCCAAUCACCUGCCUGCUGCCGUUCUGCUCCCUACAUUUCCACCUGCAGAUGUCAGAGAACCCCUAUAACUCUGGGAGCAUCUCCAGCAAGGUGACUGUCCCCUGGCUCAUUGUUGCCUCAGGGAACGUCGGCUCCGAGUUGUCCCCCACCGACACCAACAUGUUCAUCUCCUCUGAUGGCGGCAACACCUGGAAACACAUCUUUGAAGAGGAAUAUAACAUAUGGUACUUAGACUGGGGGGGCGCUCUGGUUGCCAUGAAACAUACGACCCUGCCGGUGCGCCAUUUGUGGUUGAGUUUCGAUGAGGGCCGUUCGUGGAAUAAAUACGCAUUUACCUCCGUGCCGCUGUUUGUUGAUGGGGCGCUUAUAGAGCCUGGGCUGGAGAAUCACAUCAUGACAGUAUUCGGCCAUUUUAGCCUCCGCUCUGAGUGGCAGUUGGUGAAAGUCGACUACAAAUCGAUAUUUGGGAGAAGGUGCAAUGAAAACGACUUCGAGAGCUGGCACUUAAACAACCAGAGAGACUUCUGUGUGAUGGGAGAGAGAAAAACCUACCGGAAGCGGAGGCCCGGGUCCCAGUGCCUGCUGGGAAAAGACUAUCUGCGGACUAUAACGGAACCGUGUCUGUGCUCCCACUGGGACUUCGAAUGUGAUUACGGCUACGAGAGACAUGGAAAGAACCAGUGCAGCCCGGCGUUCUGGUUCAACCCAACAUCGGUUUCCGGGGACUGCGGCCAAGGGCAGAGCUACCUGAGGAGCAGCGGGUACCGCAGGAUCGUGUCCAACAACUGCACCGACGGCCUGCGGGACCAGUACUCGGCCAAACCCCAGCAGUGUUUGGGCAAAGCCCCCCAAGGGCUGCACCUUGUUACCACCGAUGGGAAACUGGGGGCUCAGCAGGGGCAGAACGUGACAUUCCUGGUGCAUUUGGAAGAGGGCGACUUGCAAAGAAUAAACAUCCAACUGGACUUUGGCGAUGGCAGUGCCGUCUCCUACUCCAACUUCAGCAAGAUAGAGGACGGCAUACGGCACGUGUACAAGAACACGGGGAUCUACCAGGUCACGGCUUAUGCUGAGAACAGCAUUGGCAUCGACAGCUCCAUCCUCUACCUUCACGUGACGAGCCCCCUGGAAUAUGUGCACCUCAGGGUCCCCUUUGUGGCCAUCAGGAAUAAGGAGGCCAAUGCCAGCGCCGUUGUGUGGCCCUCGCAUUCCGGGACCCUCACUCACUUCUGGUGGAUCGGGAACAGCACCAAGCCGCUCAUCACCUUGGAGAACAGCAUCUCAUUCAUGUUUAAUUCCGAGGGGAUAAAUACCAUCACCGUGCAAGUGUCGUCUGGGGGCACCCUCAUCCAGGAUACUAAGGAGAUCGCUGUCCAUGAAUAUUUUCAGUCUCAGCUGCUGUCGUUCUCCCCCAACCUGGACUAUCACAAUCCCGACAUCCCCGAGUGGCGCCAAGACAUCAGCCGGCUCAUUACGCGGGCCCUCAUACAGGUAACCAAUAUCCCGGAGGAGCACAUUCUGGUCGCCAUGUUCCCGGGUCUCCCGACUUCAGCUGAAGUUUUCGUCCUUCCUCCCAAAAAUGCGAGUGAGCGAAGAAAAGGGAGUAAAGGCGACUUGGAACAGAUGGUGGAAACCCUACUCAGCGCCCUCAACCAAAAUCUUGUGGUGUUUGAGCUGAAGCCGGGAGUGCAAGUCUUUGUGUAUGUGACCCAGCUGACUCUAGCCCCAUUGGUGGACAGCGGAUCGGGCCACAGCAGUUCCGCCAUGUUGAUGCUCCUGUCGGUGGUGUUCUUGGGCCUGGCUGUGUUUUUAAUCUACAAAUUCAAGAGGAAAAUCCCUUGGAUUAACAUUUAUGCACAAGUCCAACACGAUAAAGAACAGGAGAUGAUUGGUUCCGUCAGCCAAAAUGACACCGCGCCCAAGAUUUCGCUCGGCAACUUCCCGGAUUCGGAGGAGCUGUCAGAUAAAGAACUGGACACAAGAGUCAUAGGCACCAUUUCAACCAUCGCCAACAGCGAAAGCACAAAAGAAAUCCCAAACUGUACGAGCGUCUAACGAAGAACCGGACUUUUUUUUUUUUUAAAGGAAAAUCACAUUUUCUGGGAAUUUUUCCCCAUUCUCUGAGCCACUUUUCUGAACUUCAGGUAAAAGAAAAAAAACAUUUGUAAAAAAAAAUAUAAUAAAACUCUCCUGAAUUUUGCUUUGUAAAUGGGAAUCGACGUCCGUGGACCUGCGGGAGAUACUGAGAAAGCUGGUUCUGUUCCUAUUGAGACCCGACAACGGAGUCCAUUCCUUGCUGGAGCGAGGGGAUGUUUGUGGGGAAGGAGACUUGGGACCUACGUAUCGGGGUAUUGUGGGAGAUACAUGGCCCUAUGUAUUGGGGUAUUGUGGGAGAUACACGACUCUACGUAUUGGGGUGACUGGGGAUCGUUUGUGGGAGAUACAUGAGCCAGUAGGUUGGAGCAGACCAGGAUUCCUGACCUUGGAUUUGGAAUCAUUUGGGAUCCAGUUACUGCAAAUGAGAAGAACCAGCAAGAUUGUAUAUUUCCAAUGAAUCCUUUCACUGUGUAUCUAGAGACUCGGGCUCCAUAAAGACCUCCCCAAUGUGGGACCGAGGCCCCCCCCGCGUAUUCUCCUCCCCUUUUUUGUAUCAAGUUGUAUCAAGUCGUUCAAUAUUUAAUCAUUCCUUUCUGUCCAGUGACCCCCGGGAACCGUUUUACUGCCCCCGCCCCCCAAAGUCCACAUUAACGCACAAAAUCGGCAGUCACGUGCCGCGGCUUUGAUUAACGACGCGCCGCUUGGUUUAUUGUGUGCCGGACAGUUAAGGAAUUCAAGGCCAAGCCGCGGAUCUUCGGCAACUCUCCAAGCACUUUUAUCAUUUCCAAAACAAAUUGCCCCUGUCAUCUUCCGAGUUGUCCGCCAAAGUUUAAUUCUCUCUAUCUUUAUAUCCGCGCCUCGCGCAUUCCCAAUUAAGCGUCCAGCAGGGGCCGUAAAUUAUAUUCAUGCAGAAUAUUCUGCUCUAAAUAAAGAGAUGACUCUGGCGAUAUAAAUCCUUCUCAAGGAGGUCUUCGGCCAUUUUUAUUUUCCCCGAUAUUGGUUCAGCUAACGAUUCUGGAGAGGCGCCACCACCACGACGAGUGACCGCGCCGAGAGAAGGAGAACACGGGAUGAAAUGAUGUUUCUAAUUACACUGAACAUUCAGGUGUUCGGCGGCGGAUUCAUUUAUGAAGCAAUUUUCGACACUGCUCGGCGGGCCGUGAAGAUUGGCCCAUCUGACCCUCAUUUAGUCAUUUUAAUAACCCCCCCCCCUCGCUCCUCUGUGCAUGUUAAUGGCAAAUUAUAAUGAUGGCGUUGUACAUAUCUAUGAUGUAAAUAGUUUUUAAUUUCUUGGAAAUAAAUUAAUGUUUAGUAAUAUAAACGAGG